GUUGGGUGUCUUCCUCUGGUGGCGCUUGACUAUUUACAACAAUAUAAUGUGAAGCCUAUCUGACGCUGCCGUGCACCACAGACAGGCAGACCGGGAGUCCACCCGUCGGUAGGACAGCUUUUGUAUUGUUCUUCCUCCAGAAUACGAUGCGUGUCGGUUCAUUCGGGACUUCUUUUGUGCGUUUUCCCUAUUAUGUUGGCAAGUGAUCUCCGUCUGCUCUGUACACUGCAGUGGUGCGCAGCUUCGCCUGGAGAAACACCUGUGCGCCUCUCCUCUCCACCGGCCACAGCAAUGAAUGUUGAGUAGAGAACAGAUCACCCUAAGGCGCGGUGUCUGUCUGCAUUUGUCUGAGAGAACAGGAGAGGGAGCAGCACGAAUACCGCACAGCCAGACACCAUGCGAGGAGAACGCUUCCCUCACUGCAGAGUGCUGAAAUGUUAGCACUGAAGAGCGAGUGUGUCAGAUCAAAUCAGCAGACUGUUUACAUUCGGGGGGGUGAUACGAGCUGCCUGACACCAGACCCACUAACGCCCUGUGUGCAGUUUAAGGCCCCUUUCAGUUGCGAUCAAGAAAAGACGUGUUAACUCUUCCAUCAGCACUUUUUGUUACCCCUCACGUCAGAUUCAGCAAUCCAGAAACAAGCCGAGAUGGAGUGGUCGCUGGAGAGUGUGAGGGAGAUGGUGGCUGGAGGGAUGCAGUCUGUGAGGGAGUGUGAGAUCUGUGCUUUGGCCAUAGCCAUGUGCGUGCUGCUGCUGUUCAUGUGGUAUUGUUACAGGGUGGGCCGGGAGCACGGCUCGAGCCCCCUGCGUGGGAGGUAUCUGGCCGGGCCUGGCCGGAUUGGAGGCGUUGUGGGGGGCUUCAUGAGCUCAGACUGUCGUGGCAGGGGCAAAGGGAAACAUGGAUCAUUGCUGGAAGAGCAGAACGGCUUCGCUUUCUGCCAGUCGUCCGAGUGUUUCCGCUGCACCAGUGCCGGGGAAAGCCUGAACCAGAGGCUCUACCACAGCCUGCAGGAUUACGCCAAGCGCUACACCUGGUCAGGUAUGGGCAGGGUGCACAAAGGAGUCCGCGAUCAAGGCCGCUACCUUAACAGCAGACCAACCAUCCAGCGGCCAGAGGUCUUCUUUCUGCCCGACCUGCCGUCAGCGCCUUUCUUCUCCAGGGAGAUACAGAGGCAUGACGUGGAGCUGCUGGAGCAGAGCUUCCCCGCCCUUCUGGCUGAGUUUGAGAGCAUCUACCACCAGCCUCCGGCCCGCAGCGGCUCCUCUCUCCCGCCGGGGUGGAAGGUCAACAGCACUCCCCGCGGGCAGUGGUGGACCUACUACCUAGUCAACCAAGGCACCCCUCUGGUUCUUAAUGUGAGGAGAUGUCCACGGGCGUGGAGGGUGCUGGGACAGCUGCGCACCUUCAUCGCCAACAACGUGUUCGGCAACGCCUGCUUCUCUGUGCUGACGCCCGGAGCUCUGAUCACUGAGCAUUAUGGUCCAACAAAUGUCAGGCUGCGCUGCCACCUGGGUCUCAGAGUUCCCCCUUCCUGUGAGCUGGUGGUCGGUGGAGAGCCACAGUGCUGGUCCGAGGGCAGCUGUCUGCUUUUUGACGACUCCUUCCUCCACAGGGCCUUUCACGAGGGCGGUGCAGAGGACGGCCCCAGGGUGGUCUUCAUGGUGGACCUGUGGCACCCCAACGUGGCCGCUGCUGAGAGACAAGCCUUGGACUACAUUUUUACUCCGGGCCGCUUAGAGGACAGGGAAGGGAAAUAGGUGUGAGGGAGAAACCAUGUCCAAGCGAGAGACGGAUGGCCUUUAGAGAGGUGUCUGUAGGAUUGGGGAGCAACUCUUCUUUUUUUUCUCUCUCUGCCUCCAGACCAGCUCUCACUUUCACUGUGUACAUAUACAGUAUCUGUCGUAGCUCUUCUUAGCAGAUGACAAAACAUUGGGCCUCCUUUAUCAAUCAUGCUCAUGUUUUUGCCUGUAUACUGAAAGACAGCCACACGUGAAAGUACUUCAAACCUUAGCAGGUGCACGAUUGUUUACGCAAACAUUUUACUUGAGUGUAUUAAAACCAUAGCAGAGACAUGUUAGGUUAUUUCUUUCAUUGGUGUUUGUUAGUUAGCAGGAUUACGCAAAAACUACAGAACCGAUUUCCAUGAAAUUUUGUGGAGGGGUGGGAAAUGACCUAAAGAAGAACCCAUUGCAUUUUGGAGCAGAACCAGAUGAUGCUCCGCAGUUUCUACGGACUUUAUCCGCCUGGCCUCCUCGUAUAAAGUCCAUAGAAUCUGAUGUUCGAGCACAGCAGGGGAUCUCCCAUUGGAGAGGGGGGUCGAUGACGCUUCUAACAAACGACGUGCACAAAUUUUAAAAACAAAUUUGACACAGACGUAGAAGACACCGACAAAGAUGUCAAAAAAGUUUGUGGUGAUAAGAGCUGACGAAUGUACCGUAAACAU